AUGAAUCAUCUGGUUAAGCACAAUCUUACUGCAGUGACCAAGGUGACAGAAUUCAUUCUCAUGGGCAUCACGGACAACCGCAGGCUUCAGGCACCCCUCUUUGCAAUCUUCUUUUUCAUAUAUUUGGUCACAGUCCUAGGCAAUUCAGGCAUAAUUAUCUUGACCCUCUUGGACGCUAAGCUACACACCCCCAUGUACUUUUUUCUUAGACAUUUGUCCAUUACUGACCUUGGCUAUUCCACUGUCAUUGGCCCUAAAAUGCUGGUAAACUUUGUCGUAUCUCAAAAUACAAUUUCCUACAGCGGGUGUGCCACUCAGUUAGCCGUUUUCGAGAUUUUCAUCAUCACCGAGCUGUUUAUUCUCUCGGCGAUGGCUUACGAUCGCUACGUGGCCAUCUGCAAACCUCUCCUCUACGUGCUGAUCAUGGCAGAGAAAGUGUGCAGGCUGUUUAUACUUAUCCCCUAUCUCUACAGCACCUUUGUGUCCCUACUGCUCACAAUUAAGCUGUUCAAGUCAACCUUCUGCGGCUCUAACGUCAUCAGGUAUUUUUACUGUGACUGUCUCCCCCUCAUCUCCUUGCUCUGUUCUGACACCCGUGAAUUAGAAUUGAUCAUUUUGAUCUUCUCGGGCUGUAAUUUGCUCUCCUCGCUCUUGAUUAUCCUUGUAUCUUACCUGUAUAUCCUCGUGACCACCCUCAGGAUGAACUCAGCCGAGGGGAGAUAUAAAGCCUUCUCCACGUGCGCCUCCCAUCUGACGGUGGUGACUGUAUUCUAUGGGACUCUAUUGUUUAUCUACUUGCAGCCCAAGUCUAUCCAUGCGUAUGGGAUGGAUAAAAUGGCUUCUGUGUUUUAUACUCUGGUGAUCCCUAUGCUAAAUCCCUUGAUCUAUAGUUUAAGGAACAAAGAGGUCAAAGAUGCCCUAAAGAGAACUUUAAGUAAUCACUGUAAAAUUUUCACAAUGUAG